AUGAAAGUAUCAAAGGAAAGAACCUUCCUAAAUCUGUCAUUCUACCACCACAAGGGUGCGCGUUGCACCCUUUUGCAAAUUCCUCGUCUUUCUCACGCGUCACCUUCUUUUGAAUCUUCUCCUUCAUCAUCAACCUCCAAUUUCUCUCUCCUAGGUUUUCCUUUGCACAAUACGAACAAUCGAUCAAUCAUAAAUCAAAAUCAAUUCAAUUCAAUCGAAUCGAAUCGAAUCGGAUCAUCGCCUUUAUGCAUCACUAACCCUAAUUUACCCAAUCCAAUUUAAUCAAAUUCGACAAUUAUGUACAGCAAUUUCAAAGAACAAGCGAUCGAGUACGUUAAACAAGCAGUACAAGAAGACAAUGCUGGAAAUUACGCCAAAGCUUUCCCUCUUUACAUGAAUGCAUUGGAGUAUUUUAAGACUCACUUGAAGUACGAGAAAAACCCUAAAAUUCGCGAAGCAAUUACUCAAAAAUUCACUGAAUAUCUCCGUCGAGCUGAGGAGAUUCGAACGGUUCUCGACGAAGGAGGAGGUGCUGGGCCUGCUUCUAAUGGCGUCGAUGCGGCUGUUGCGGCCCGGCCGAAGGCGAAGUCCAAGGACGGGGAGAAUAAGGAUGGAGAGGAUGCUGAGCAGGCUAAGUUGCGCUCCGGGCUUAAUUCGGCGAUCAUCAGAGAAAAGCCUAAUGUAAAGUGGAGUGAUGUUGCUGGAUUGGAGAGUGCUAAGCAAGCUUUGCAGGAGGCUGUUAUAUUGCCUGUUAAAUUCCCACAGUUUUUCACCGGUAAAAGACGACCAUGGAGAGCUUUUCUUCUAUAUGGACCACCUGGAACAGGAAAAUCAUACUUGGCCAAGGCUGUUGCAACUGAAGCUGACUCAACAUUUUAUAGUGUAUCAUCUUCAGAUCUUGUAUCCAAAUGGAUGGGUGAAAGUGAAAAGUUAGUUUCCAAUCUUUUCCAAAUGGCCCGUGAGAGUGCUCCUUCGAUUAUCUUCGUUGAUGAAAUAGACUCAUUAUGUGGUCAACGAGGAGAAGGAAAUGAAAGUGAAGCUUCCAGACGUAUCAAGACAGAACUCCUUGUGCAAAUGCAGGGUGUUGGACACAACGAUGAAAAAGUUCUUGUUCUUGCUGCAACAAACACACCGUAUGCUCUAGAUCAGGCUAUUAGGCGGCGUUUUGACAAGCGUAUUUAUAUUCCCCUACCAGAUCAAAAGGCUCGGCAGCAUAUGUUUAAGGUUCAUCUUGGGGAUACCCCUCACAACCUGACUGAGAGUGAUUUUGAAUUCUUAGCUCGUAAAACAGAGGGCUUCUCUGGUUCAGAUAUAGCUGUUUGUGUCAAGGAUGUACUUUUUGAACCUGUUCGUAAAACCCAAGAUGCAAUGUUCUUCUUUAAGACAAAAGAUGAUGUGUGGGUGCCCUGUGGACCUAGGCAGCCAGGUGCUGUCCAAACUACUAUGCAGGAUCUUGCAGCAGAAGGACUUGCUGCUAAGAUUGUUCCGCCACCGAUUACAAGAACAGAUUUUGAAAAAGUACUCUCCCGGCAGAGGCCAACUGUGAGCAAAUCAGACCUUGAGGUUCAUGAGAGAUUUACACAAGAGUUUGGAGAGGAAGGUUAGUUUUUCUGAAGGAAGGUUGCCAUGUCACCACGAGGAGGUUGCAUAACUUCGUAAUUUAAUUCUUGGUAUUGUUUUCAAAGGAUUACUCUCCCUGCCUCUUGUAAAAGAGCUAUGGCGUAAUUCGCUCUCCUCUUGUAUUUCGAUUACUCUGAUAUUUGAUAUCCGAAGAAAUUGUUUUGUCUGUGGUUGAAACAAGGCCCUAUAAUUGUGCAUUAAGUUGUUGCUCAUUAAUUUGUGUAUCAAAAGUAGCCUGCUUGGCACUCGAUGUUUGACAAUCUUUUGUAAGUAAUACAUGAUACAUCCAAUCUUUAAUUACAGACUUUGUAAGUUUUGUUUCUUUUUUCA